GAAAUUUCUAGGUUAGGAAUCGAUGUGUUUGGUUAGAAAUUCGACAAAAAACAAUAAUUCUCAACAAAAAUGGUAUUUUACUUCGAAAGCGCCGUUGUCUCACCGCCCGCCCUAAUAUUUAUGGGAAUAGACAAAUACGAAAAUGAGGACUUGAUUAAGUGGGGCUGGCCCGAGGAUGUGUGGUUUCAUGUGGACAAAGUGUCUUCGGCUCACGUGUAUUUGAGACUCAGGCCCGGUCAAACCAUUGACGAUAUUCCUUCGGCGGUUUUAGAAGAUGCAGCACAACUAGUCAAAGCGAACAGUAUAAUGGGUAAUAAAAUGAAUGAUGUUGAUGUUGUUUACACUAUGUGGGCCAAUUUGAAGAAGACUGCUGGUAUGGAGGUAGGACAGGUUGGGUUUCAUAAAGAGAGGGAUGUGAGAAAAAUUAGAGUAGCUAAAAGAAUUAAUGAGAUUGUUAACAGACUGAACAAGACAAAGAAAGAGGAACACCCAGAUUUCAGAGCUGAAAGAGAGAAGAGAGACAGGCUAGAGCGGGAGGAUAAGAAAAAAUUGUUGAGGGAGCAAAAGGAAAGGGAGAAGGAAGAGGAGAAGAAGAGAAAAGAGGAUGCAGAACUCAGGAGUUACAAUUCUCUAAUGAGUACAGAAAAUAUGAGCAAAUAUGAUGAUGGAAAUGACUCAGAUGACUUCAUGUAAUACAAGUGCAUUUAUACUUUUGUAAAUAAAGAAUUUAUUAUGGUUA